AUGAAGGAAACUGAGAAAUGUUUGGAUUCUCAAUUAUGGCAUGCCUGUGCUGGCAGUAUGGUGCAAAUGCCACUAGUGAACGCGAAGGUAUUUUACUUCCCUCAGGGGCACGCAGAGCAUGCUUGUGGGAAUGUAGAUUUUAGUAGUUGUCCGAGGAUUCCUGCUUAUGUGCCUUGUAGAGUUUCUGCAAUUAAAUUCAUGGCAGAUCCUGAGACUGAUGAGGUUUUUGCGAAAAUUCAAUUGGUUCCUGUUAGUGGGAAUGAGUUUGUUUUUUACGAUGAUGAUAUUGAUGGAAAUUCUGGAUCAGAGAACCCAGACAAGCCCAUAUCUUUUGCGAAGACGUUAACACAAUCAGAUGCAAACAAUGGUGGGGGUUUUUCGGUACCUAGAUAUUGCGCGGACACACUUUUUCCUCGUUUGGAUUAUACUGCAGAUCCUCCGGUUCAGACCAUUCUUGCAAAGGAUGUUCAUGGGGUUACCUGGAAACUCAGACAUAUUUACAGAGGGACACCAAGGCGUCAUCUCUUGACAACAGGAUGGAGUGCAUUCGUGAACCAUAAGAAGCUUGUGGCCGGUGACUCAAUCGUGUUUCUGAGGGCAGAAAAUGGGGACCUUUGUGUUGGAAUUAGGCGAGGAAAGAGAGGAAUUGGUGGUGGACAUGAAACCCCAACGGAGUGGAAUCCAGCAUGUGGUAAUAGUGCUAUGCCGUACGGAGGGUUUUCAUCAUUUCUGAUAGAAAGCGAGAACGAGUUGGCAAGAAAUGGUAACCUUAAUUCGAGUGGUAGUUCGACUGGCCAGGGAAGAGUGAAGGCAGAAUCUGUAAUUGAAGCUGCAACUCUUGCUGCUGCUGGACAGCCAUUUGAGGUGGUUUAUUAUCCUCGAGCUAGCACUCCGGAGUUCUGUGUGAAGGCUUCUCUUGUAAAAACGGCACUGCAGAUUCAAUGGUACUCUGGAAUGAGGUUCAAAAUGGCCUUUGAAACAGAGGAUUCUUCGCGUAUAAGUUGGUUCAUGGGAACAAUAUCCGCUGCUCAGGUUUUUGAUCCUGUUCACUGGCCUGAUUCACCUUGGCGGCUACUCCAGGUAACAUGGGAUGAACCCGAGUUGCUUCAAAAUGUGAAACACAUCAGUCCAUGGUUGGUGGAAUUAGUUUCAAGCAUGUCCACCGUCCAUCUCUCUCCAUUCUCACCACCACGGAAGAAAUUGAGAUUACCACAACAUCCUGAGUUCCCUCUAAAGGGUCAAUUUCCUUUGUCGACUUUUUUCGGUGAGCAAUUACUCGGGUCUGGCAACACCUUUAGUUUUCUUCCCGACAACACUCCUGCUGGCAUGCAGGGAGCCAGGCAUGCUCAAUACAGUUUAUCUUUAUCAGAUCUCUACCUCAGUAAACUGCAGUCGGGUUUCUUUCCUGUUGAUUUUCUACCUCUUGAUCAAACUGCUAUACCCAAGGGAUGCUUCAAUCAAAACACAACAAAUCCUGCCGGUAAUAAGAAGGUAUCUUGUUUGCAAAUUAUGGGAAACUCAAUCCCAGCUUCAAAGAAUUCUGAUAAUGGCAAGACAACUCCAUUUCUACUUUUUGGUCAACCAAUACUUACCGAGCAACAAAUUUCUCAGAGCAACAACUCUUCGAAAGGCAAUUCUGAUAAGAUGGAAAAUACUUUUGAUGGAAGUGGUCAUGUUGUACAUCGACAUGGCACGCUAGAGCAAUCAUUAAGUGAAGGGUUUCAUCCCGAGCCCAACUUAGAGGCUAGUCACUGUAAAGUUUUCAUGGAAUCGGAGGACGUAGGUCGCACUGUCAACCUUUCUUUGCUCGGUUCCUAUGAAGAACUGUGCAGAAAGUUGACAAGCAUGUUUAAUAUUGAUAGUAUUGAGAUCAUGAACCACGUUCACUACCGGGAUGUGACGGGUGCAAUUAGGCAACUUGGCGAUCAACCCUUUAGUGACUUCUCGAAAAAAGCUCGAAGGUUGAGGAUUCUAAUGAAUUCGAGCAGUGACAAUGUAGGAUUGUGA